AUGAGUAGAGACGAGUUAGCUGCUGUGAUGGCAGUCGUACUUCCAGGGAGGAAAAUUGAGGAACUUGAAGAGGCACAAAUGCAAGAAAUGAUUCUCAAAUGGUUAUUCGGGAGUGGCCUUUCAAUGAAACACGAGUUCAUUUUUGAUACCGAUGAUGAUGGAGACGUUUUCGUGGUGAUGAGUGGGAAGAGGUCGUGUGAGUGCUGUUCUAAAGACUUUAAAAAAAUGAUUUCCGAUGAAUCCGAUGCCACUUCACAAUCGGCAUUCGAUCGAUCCCCAUUUGGCUCUCGUUUAGCUGUUUAUCAUGCAGAGGGUGACGGAUCGGUGACCCUAGCCGUACCUGGACCUUAUCGAGCUGCUUUCAUCCCGAGCACUUCAUUCUCUCCGGGAACUGUUCUAGUCCCCUAUCAACUUUCUUUGAUGACACGAUCGUAUAGUUUUGGUGUUGAGAGUCUUAAUCAUUCGAAUGGCAUUUCAAAUCAUUUGCCAGAACGCCGAAAUUCCGCGUCGAGUUCGGUGAUUCACGGGACGAAACAGCCACAACCAUAUACGAGAACGAAAUCGGAUACACAGGUGAAUGCCGUUCACCGCGUCCAUCGCCUCGAGCCGCCGAUGCAAAUGCGAGACGGCCGAAUGAUUUCCGAUCUCACCGAACCACCCAACUAUAAACCCCCACCACCGCCAAAUGGAGUCGAUAAAAUGCUUAAUGAGAGACGCGGACAAAAGGUAACUCCCAUUCGAACACAACCGGGCAUCGCCAAGACUUCACCAAAACCAAAAGAACCCAAGGAAAAAGAUCCCGAAAAAGAGAAAGGCUUUUUCCGAUCGUGUUACCGCGAAAUGGGGACUUGUUGUCUUGGAUUGUGCUCUAAUUUUUCUCUC